AUGAAUAUCAAUAGUAAUAGUAGUAGUAUCAGUAAUGAAAAUAUUGGAAAUGGAAAUGAAUCAAUUCUAACAUCUGAAAAUCUGUCAAACGACGACAAUGAUGUUGUUGAUGAUUUAUCAACAAUCUUAAAUAACAACAACGAUAAUAAUAGUAUUGAUAAUAUUGAUAAUAUUGAUAAUAAUAGUAUUGAUAAUUUUAUUAAUAAUAUGAAUGAUAAUGAUAAUUCUCUGAAUAUUAAUAAUAAUAAUAACAAUAAUAAUAACGAUUCAAUAUUACCAUUAUUAGUAAAACAACAACCACAAACAGAAACAACAACACCAUUGUUAUCAGAAAAUACUACAACAUCAGCAACAACAACAGCAGUAACUACAACAACAACAUCUAAUGAUACUUCACAUCUUAGAAAGAAAGAUGGUGGGGUUAACUUGGCAGACUACCAAGAACAAUCUGCUAUCAAUAAUAUAAGAGAGAUUGCAUCACGUCUCUCUACAGAUUUUGCAAAUGAAGAAUUAACACAGCCUGCCAAUCUAUCUCUAUUUAUCGGUCAACUUUUAAAUCUAUAUGAACAAUAUUUAGGUAGAAACGUAUCAACAAUUCUAAUCGAAUAUAUAUAUUUAUUAAUUUAUAAAAAUUUGAAAUAUAAUAACAACAAUAACAACACACAGGCAUUGAACAGACCAAAAUAUACAAAGUUACCAUUAAAGUUAUUUAAAGAUUACACUUCUACUGGAAGUUUAUAUCAUUUGUUACACAUUGUAAUUACAUUUAAAAAUACACACGGUUGGAAACUAUCGGAUAUCCAAUCUUCAACAACAAAUUCAAAGAAUAUUGAAUUAAUUGCGUAUAUUGAAUCAGAGUUAUUAAAAUUAGGUAUAUUGAAACCACCAAAAGUAUAUUUGGUAGAGAAUUUAAAGGAUAGAAUAUCGUUGAAAGAUAUGGUGUUACGACAUGGUGGUUCAGUGGUGGAGAGUGAGGACGAUGCAACGCAUAUCAUCGAUUGCGACGGUCAGACUGCAGUGCCGAAUGAAUCGGAGGAUGAGUAUCUUCGUACCAUCGAGCAUAAUAGUAACAAUAUGAACUUGGUGCACUUUUGGUACUAUCCUGAUUCAUACGAUACUUGGGUGCCGUCGUCAGAGGUGGAGGGUGAAGAUCCCGAUCCAGAGGAACCUAGAGCAACUUGGCGUAUCAAUUCUCGUUGGAUAACCGAUUCCGAUCUAUUCAACGAAUGGAUGAAUGAAAUAGAUUAUGAAAGAGAGGAUGAUGAUGAUGAGGAUAUCGGUGAUGAUGAUGAUACAACAACUACAGCAACAAGUACAUCAUCGACAACAACAACAACAACUACAUCAACAACAAAUGAAAACAUAACAGCAACAACUAGUACUAGUAAUACUUCAACAACAAAUAACAACAACUCUACAAAGACAACUAUUUUAACUGAUGAAGACAAUGACGAUAUAAUGGAUGAAGAUGAAGAUGAUUUGGAGUUGAACAAGAGUGAGACACCAAGUAGAUUGCCGCUGACAAGAUUGUCAAAAUCAAAUUCUCCAUUGAAAGCAUCUCCAAAGCUACAGGAAUCAACUAUUUCAGAUGAUCAUCUCAAUGAAUCCAACAAGCGUACAAUGAACACAGAUAAACAACAGAAUCAACAAAAUUCAUCAUCGUCACCAGCUUUCAAGAAGCAAAAGAGAGACAUUGUAGAGUCGGACGAAUCGCCUUCACCUUUGAUUACAACAUCGGAGUUGAAAUCACCUUCAUCAUUGUCCAGCGGCAGCGUUAAUAGAUCUUUCACAGUACCAACACCACCACCUUCAAAGCCAUUGCCAAAUGUUACUUCUCCUGUGGUAUCAGCUCCUUACAUUACAGUGAGCACACCCAUCAAAGCAUCGAUGUCACCCUCUUCGCAAAUGGUCUACAAUCCAUCGACUCCACAGCCAGUUUCGGCGUCUGUGAUGAAGGCUCCGCUGUCGUUCCAGAUGACACCGUCUUCGAAUCGACCAUCGUCGCGUUCCUCCAACACCAGGAACUCUGCCUCCAAAGAAAUAGCUCAGCCAACCGUAAUUCCUCUGGUUGUCACCAACAUCUCACACCUGCCAAACGAGGAGUAUGAUGAACUUUUUAAUAUCUCUACAUCGCCGGUCGCAACUCCACCAGGCGACCACAACGGUGUAGAGUCGUCACAACAACCAAAGUUGGAAGUGUUAUGCAAGUGGUUCAAUCAAGAGGAAAUACACGAUAUCGAAGUCAAUCAAAUGAGUUCGUUCUUCAAUGAUUCCGAGCCCGGUAGAACGAUGACUGUCUACAAGAAAUACAGAGAUUACAUGAUCAACGAAUAUCGCACCAAUCCCUACCGAUAUCUUUCAAUGACCAUGGUAGUUAGAGGAUUGCAAGUUGACGCAGCUGCGCUGAUGAGAGUUCACAGUUUCCUCGAACACUGGAAUCUCAUCAAUUACUUUACCAACCCAGAAGGCAAUGUUUGUGUACCACUUCCAAACCCCACACUAUCCGAUCAGAUGCAACCUAUCAUUCAACAUUAUCAAGAUAUAGCAGUAAAAGAAAAAGAAAGUGAGCUACAACAGAUCAAAGAUAAACAAGAGAAGAAAGCAUCAAGAAGAGCAGCUGCUAAAAAGAAGAACAAUGAAGAUAUUAUGGAGUUGGAUGAACAACAACAAGAAGAAGAGAAAGAGAAGGAGAAGGAUCAAGAGAAAGAAGAACAAGAACAAGAACAGUUAGAUAAUAAUGAAAACAAUGGAAUGGAGAUUGAAGAAGAGGAUAAAGAAGAGGAUAGAGAAGAGGAUAAAGAAAGCGUCAUUCAUACAGCUGAACAGAUUGUCAAAGAAGUAGUUGAUGAAGUUUUAUAUCAAGUAGAAAAAGAAAUUGAAUCAAAGACAGAUAAAGAAGAAGAAGAAGAAAAAGAAAAGAUUGAAAAAGAAGAGGUAGAGGAAAAGUCAAAUGAAUCAGUAGACAACAGUACAAUCACCACCAACAAUAAGAUUGAUAAUGAAAGUCUCAAGAAUGAUGAUGAUGAAAUCAUGAAGGAGAUAGAGAGUAAUAUAGAUGUAAAUAAUCAAAUUGAAAAGGAAAAUAGAGAAGGAAAAGAGCAAGAUUUAGUAGAGGAAGGCGCCGUUGUUAGUAAGUCAGAGGAGUUUCUCUAUAGUAAUACAAAUACAGCAAUAGAAGAACCACAACAAGAGCAACAGCAACAACAACAACAAUCACUCAGUGUAUUAGAGCCAAUCAAUGAAACCGAGAGUAAAGAUACAGCUACAACAGAUGCAUCAGUUCUGGACAACAUUGGUUUACAAGAGAAUCAAGAUUCAACAACUGCUGAAAAACAAGAUAGUAGCGAUAAGAUAGAGACAUCAUUUGAGAGCGAGAAACCUGUAGUCGGCAGUAGCAAUACUUCAAUCGAAGUCGAUAUGAAUGAAACAGAGAUUAAGAAGCAAGAGAUUCAGAGUGAUAUCAACGAUGUACCACCACCACCACCAACUGACAUAGUUGUAGAUUCAAAUCCAGAUACCUUAAAUAUUCCAAAUGUUAAUCCCAUCGAUUCAAUGCCAGUCGAAACCUCCAUGCCAGACACAUCAGUUGACAAUCAACAUCCCAAUGAACCUUCUCAAGAACAACAACAGCAGCAACAACAAGGACAACAACGACAAUCUAACACCAUCGAAACCACUGAAAUUGAAUCAACCGCAAUCAAUACAAUUCAAGAAGAGGAAAAGAAGAUUACUGAGGAGAUUAAUAGUAGUACAAAUAAUAAGAUUGUUGAAGACAUUAUAGCUCCUGUGGAAGUUAAACAACAAGAUAGUGAUGAUAAUAAUAAUGUAGAUAAUAGUGUUGAGAAUAAUAGUAUUACUUUAGAUCCAACUUCAACUUCAACUGAAAACAUAGCAGACAACAGUAACGUAUCUGAGAGUAAUAAACCAACUGAUCAAACAGAGAACGUAACAUCAUUAUACAUUCCUGAAGUCGAUAAUAGUGUAUCAACAAUAACAGUCAACAAGAAUUCCGACGAUAUAGAAGAUGAAAAAAUGGAAAUAGAACCAAUGGACUUUGACAAUUCAUUCAACUCCAAGCCAUCAGAAGAUACCAUUGAAGUUGCGCCACCACAAACAUCAACAGACUCUUCAAAUCAGAAACAAGAUCACCAAGUAAUGGAGAUUGAAGAAGCAUCCGCUAGUAGUAGCAGUAGUAAUAGUUCUCAGAUGAAUAUUCAAACUCUUGUGUCCAGUACACCAACCAACAUUGUUGAAUACGUUCAAGCUCAAGCUAAAUCUCAAGCUCAAGAAUCAUCAAUCCCAUCACAGGACGUAGUUCAAGUUGUUAAUGACGAUGAAAAGGAAGAUGGCGAACUUGGAUCAAGUGAUCCAAUUGAACCACCACAAACAAAGGUCAAUUCACCAUCACCACCACCACCACCAGUAGAGCAACAACAACAACUUGCACAGGAUGAGAAAGAAGAUGGUGAAGUCGAUGACGAAGAAGAGACAAGAAGAGAGAAGGAAAAGAGAGUUUCAUUUGGUCGACAUGUCGAAGAGGAUGACAAUGCUGAAGAGAUGGUCCGUGAAAAUGAAUACGAUGACGACAAGAGUAAAGAUACUAUGAUGAGCGAUUCAAAAGAGAUUGACGCGAAGCAAGUUGAUCAUGAGAUGAAGGAAGUCAACAACAACGACAACAACAAUCAAAUGGAGAAUGGCACAGAUGAAUCAACUGAAAUCAUCAUUCAUCAUGGUGAUCAUGAUGAACAAAUCAAUGAAGAGACGAAUGAAGAAUCUUCUACAGCAGCAGCUAAAGACGAUAAAGAAAAAGAUAAAGAAAAAGAACAAGCAGCAGUAGAACAACCUGAAGUUAUAAUCAAACAAACAUUCAAUGUGUUCCCCAAGAAGAAGAAUGUAUUUGGACAACCACAGCCAUUGGUCAUUCAUAGAUGCUCUCACUGCCACAAACAAUGUAGUGAGCUCCGAUACUUCCUUGUCAACAAACCAGUGUUUAACGAGGGAUCGCAACUGCCAAAUGAAACCACCCAAAUGGAGCUCUGUGUAAAUUGCUAUAACAAUGGUGAUUAUCCAGUGUAUUGCCAAUCGUCAGACUUUACUCGUUACGAGCAGAAUGUUGCUCUCGAUCUUCCUGAGGAGUGGAGUGACCAAGAGAUACUGAAGCUACUCGAAGGCAUUGAGAGAUUCGGUGAUAACUGGACUGACAUUGCCGAGUUUGUUACCACCAAGACACGUGAACAAUGUCUACUCUACUUCCUGAGACUGCCAAUCGAAGAUGCCUAUCUUGAAGACUGUGACAAUCAUCUUGUAAACAAAACCAACAACAACAACAACCUUGACAAGUCAUCAUCCGACGACGACGAUGAUGAAGACAAUGAAAAAAAUGUUCAUGAACAACAAGAUCAAGACCUCAUGGAAGUUGGUGAACGUGAUCAACAAGACGAAAUGGAUGCAGAGAUUGCAGAGUUUGAAAUGAUUAGCAAACCUUUGGUAUCGAAUGGAUCUAUCAACACCUUCUCAGAGUCACAGAACCCAUUGAUGUCAUUACUUGCUCUGCUAUCGAGCACUAUGAGUCCGAGCUUGGCAUCUGCCGCCGCCAAAGCUGCCUUUGAUUUCAUUGGUGAGGAAAAGAACAAUCCUAGAGAUAGUUUGUUGGCAUCAACCACUGAAGAAGUCAUACUGACGCCACUCAACCAUGAAGUAUCAAAGAAAAACAUUCAAGAAGCAUCGAAUGCAGCACUUUUAGCAGCAUCAGAAAAAGCAAAGAUAUUAUCAAAGAUUGAAGAGAGACAAAUUAAAUCACUUAUGUUGAAGAUGAUAAAUGUACAAACUAAAAAACUGGAAAUGAAAUUGAAAUACUACACAGAGCUUGAGGAUAGCAUCGAGAAAGAGAGAGUAUCAUUGGAAAAAGCUAAACACAAUCUUUUCGAUAACAUAGAUAGACACUUGCAAUCAUUCUCGACAACACCCAAUCCUAGUACAAGCACAUCGGCCACACCAGCACCAACCACUCCUACAACAACCUCUGUCAAUUCCACACAAAAUCCAACAACUACAACAACAACUACAACUUCAACUUCACCAAAUGUAAAUGUACCAAUAACUACAACAAUGGUGUAA